AAUUACGAUAUUCCAAACAAAAAAAUGUCCGGCUUAAGAAGUCCCCCAGGUCGGCCAUUCACGACACAAAAUAACUACACAAUUUGAUAUUUUACUCAAGUCAGUCUUUGAUAAAAGAUAAGGGCACAGUUUUUUGUUAGAGAACAUGUCAUUAUUAUCAAAAAAAAGUCUGCAAAAUGAAUGUGUACUCCAGGAUUUUUUUUCCAAUGAUCGGUUGUUCAGAUUUUCAUAUUUACGUUACGAAAUAUCUGCACAAGUUGAUGAACCUUAGCAUAUAUUAAAGGUGUUUUGAUUUUUACGCAGUUUAUUGUACAAACCGUACAAACAGUCCCAUUCACAACUCAAAAAAUCUGUUAUUUUGUGCCGCAAUAACUAAACAAAUUAUUAUAUACACUGAAUACGCACAGACUUCUUUGAAAAUACUUUCACAUUUUUCGCUUAUAUUGAUGGGUAUUAUGCCUUCUGUAGGGAGUAGUAAGUAUCAAUAGAUGUAACAAAAACCCUCAAUAUUUAAAAAAAAGCAUUUUAGAAAAUAUGUGUGCAAAUAUAUUGUAUGAUGAUUUUACAAAGUAAACAUUUUUGUUUUCUAGAUAUAGUUUAAAACAUUCUAGUCUAACUAACUAAGUAGUUUUUGGAAAGUCUAAUUUUGUAUGGUUCUUUAUGUAACUCUAUAUGAAGUUUUGAGUAAACCAUAAAUUUGAUCCUAGUUCUUAAAAAUACCUUUUAGAGUUAAUUUUUAGUACUGAUUUCGAAUCCAAACUUUUAAUUUACUAUUUGCUGAAGUUUAAAAAUCAAGCAAAAUAGGAACAAUUGGGGGUCAAAACAUUUAUGUAAAUUAAAAAUAAAAUUAUAAAUAUAUUUUGCACUUCGAGAUUUAACUUCAUUCCUCGAAUUGUUAAUUAUAUUAAUAAUUUUAUUUUGUAUUUACAUAAAUGUUUUGAAAAUCAAUUUUCGUAUUUAUUAAUUUUUUAAUUGUUUCAUUGCAAAAAUUACAGCGACCAAAAAAGUUGACGGACAACUAUAUUUCCACUUAUUACAAUAAUUACACAAAUUGGUCAAACAAUUUAUUCAAUGAAACAUUUAUCUGUCGAGAAGUGAAUGAACUCAUACCUUUCCUCAGAUAUUAAAAAAAAAAAACAACGUUUAAAAGUUUAUUCUUUUCUAAUAUUCCUCAACAGUACCAAUUUGAAAAAAAGAAUGGUAGCCUGGCAAUGAUUGUUUACGAUUACAGAAAUCAACAGCAGAAACAAAAACUGAAACGUCAAAAUUAAAUUGUACAAUGUACUCGACUAAGAAUUUUAUUAACAUUUUUUCGAUGCACUUGUUUAUAUUUAUUUUGCUUUAUGUAUAAUAUUAAAAAAUUAAAAUUAUUUGUAAAACUUCAAGUAAUAUAACUGAUAACUAUACAUAAAACAUAAACAAUUAGCAAUUAGCAAUUUUCCAAAAUUCAGCCGCUCAUUGCAUGUGAAUUUGUUAUUCUCUCGACUCCUACACCCUAUGCUAAAGAAAACCACACUACAGCCCACAAUGACCACUCAUCCAAAGCCUCAACUAGUAAUCUUGGAACAUCCAGUUGAUAAGUUUCGUUUUCGUUACAAAUCCGAAAUGCACGGGACCCAUGGAUCUCUGACUGGUAGUCGAUCUGCAAAGCACAAAAAAACAUACCCAGAAGUUGAGCUAAGAAACUUUAACAAAUCGGGAAUUAUUCGCUGCAGUCUGUAUCAAACAAAUUUAACUAAACCAUCAUUGCAUUCCCAUUUGCUGGUAGUUCAUAAAGAAGACAAUGAUGUCAGUGAUCCACACGAUGUACGUGUUUCCCCAGAAUCGGGUUAUAUCGUUCGUUUCGAAAACAUGGGCAUCAUUCAUACAGCAAAAAAGGACGUGGCCAAAGAACUUUUGCAGAAAAAAAUCCACAAACAAAAAUUCGAUUUGCAGCGUGAUGGAAUGUCAACGCAUGAAAUCAAAUCGUUGCGAGAUGAGGCGGAUCGGGAAGCUAAGCUUAUGAAUCUUAAUCAGGUAUGUCUUUGCUUUGAAGCAUUCGAAUGCACAGAUGACACAAAGCAGUUUAAAAGGAUUUGCGAACCUGUAUACUCAAAUCCAAUUAAUAAUCUCAAGAGCGCUCUAACGGGGGAAUUAAAAAUAUGCCGCCUAAGUAUUUAUACAGGAAGUGUGGAAGGCAAUGAUGAUUUGAUACUUUUAGUAGAAAAAGUCAACAAGAAUAAUAUUAAAGUUCGUUUCUUUGAAUUACACAAUGAUGAAGAAAUCUGGGAGGCUUAUGGAUCGUUCACCGAAGCCGAUGUCCAUCACCAGUAUGCUAUUGUAGUCCGUACACCGCCAUACCGAGACAAAGAGAUAGAUAAUCAUGUUAAUGUUUUUAUUGAGUUGGUUCGUGAGAGUGACAACAAACGGAGCGCUGCAUUACCUUUUCGAUAUAAACCAAGGAGAAUUGUUAUGUCACGAAAAAGACGAAGAGUUUCAAAUUCAUCAUCGUCUUUAAAUUCAACAAGUCCGGCCAGCUCAUUCGAAAUGCCCGAAACGAUGCCCCACGAAAUACAAAAAUUGAAUCUUGAUUUAAAAGCUUCUUGUAUAAGUCGGGCGUCCAGUAGCGGCUCCUGUGACACAUCAGAGUCGAACUCUUAUGUAUGUGAGUUUAAAACGUUCAUGCAACAAGUGGACAACGAUUCAGACGAACUGAAAAAUUUAUUUCAAGAGUCAAUUUUUGGCUAUUCCGAUUUUUCUCUAUGGGACAAUGAACUUCAGGUCGAUGGUGAGGCCGUUGUUAAGAGAACAAACAAAAAAAUGGCAUUCCAUCCUGCAUUGAGACUUCUGAUAAAAACAUUCAAUGACUGCUCAAAAAUCGGAUUGGGGAACACCAUUAAAAGAAUUCAGCUAAUCUUCCACAUUUAUGCUGCACAAAAUGACAAUGGAAACACGAUUGUUCAUGAUCUUUGCAAAAAAUCUAAUAAAGAAGAAGCAGGAAUAGUUUUCAAAAUUUUAUCAAAGCUAAAUUUGUCGCAUUUGUUGCAUCAAAUGAACAAUAACAGACAAACUCCGUUACAUGUAGCUUGCUUGCUUGAUCAAUCUGUGUAUAUAAGACCUUUGAUUGGCAAUAACUGUGAUCCUAAUGUACAAGAUAUUGAUGGAAAUACAGCUUUACACAUUGCUGUCCGUGACAAUUUGUUGCAAUGCAUUGAGGGCCUAACCUCAAACAUAACGUCAACUAAACUUAAUGUCAAUCUUCCUAACAACGAUGGUAUGACUCCUUUGCAUUUGGCCAUCCGCAAGAAUAAUAUUGAUUUUGUAAGGAUCCUUCUGCUUAAGUGUAAUGCGUCUGUUAAACUUGCAAAUUCACUUGAUGGAAAUAACGCUUUGCAUUUGGCUGUUCAACAAGAAAACACAGAAAUUAUCAAACUCAUUUUGGAAAGUACUGAUCUAUCAAAUUUAAAAAUAACCAAUUUAGCAGGUCACACACCUGUUGAUUUGGCGAAGACCCUUAAGGAUCCCAAACGUAAAGAAAUUCUCAAUAUCUGCAGGUGUCCCACUUCAGAAUGUAUCAAUGACGAAACAGAUUUCAAUGAGAGUAGCAAUUCAAGUGCAGAAGAUGAUGAAAUGUCAGUGGAUAUAAAGGUGAUCGAAAAGAAGGAGCUGGAUCACAUGUCAUUGCAUUUUAAAGUAUCAGAGAAGGAAGAGGAAUUAAUUCGAGAACAGAUUCAAAAAGAUGCAUACUUUUGUAAAAACCUUUCCAACAUUUUAAGCGUUGAUGGAAAAUGGAAGCAAUUUGUCAAACAACUAAAAUUAGACCACUUACUUUGUAUAUGGUGUGAUGCUGAGUCCAUGUUAAAAUCCGUUUUAGGAGGGGUUGAAUGCAUUAAAUUGUUGAAUGUAAUUAAUGCCUUGGAAGCAGUAGACGAAAAAGCUGCUUUUGCCAUUACGUCAUACAUAAAGGAACAUUCAAUUAAUAAUAAUUAGUUUAAGUUUAUUGUCGAUCCAAUAAUAUAGUUAUUUAUUUUGUAUUUAAUUUAAUGUUUGCGUCAGCAUAUUUGUCAUAUUUGAAGAUUUUAAAAUAAAAAUGAUAAUUUAUUAUCAAUUUUUACUUGUUAAAGAAUUUUAAAUACAUUUCCCAACGAAACGCUGUUUUUAAUAUUUAUUUAAUUAUGUGCUCAGCUUAAGAAAAACAACAUUAAUAUCCAGUUUGAAUAAAUAAGGUCUCGAAAAAAUUACGAAAGUUUAAUCUUUAAGAAAGUUUUUCUUCAUUUGAAAAUUA